AUGAGUCAUCGGCGGGAUUCCGGCAGCGAUGCAGUUCACGUGAUACCCACCAACGACCCUCCGCCGGAGAUUCGGUUUCCAAAUCCCGGUGACGGUUCCGUCCGGGCCACUGAGACCGAGGAUCACUACAGCCGUGUCUGGGCGGUGAACAGCGACGGUACGGAGUCGCCGAGCAAGAAAACACGCGGGUCGUCACUGUCUUCCGAGAUCGGGAAAUCAUUCUUCAAGACGAAGCUCUGCUGCGAAUCCCGCGUCGGAACUUGUCCGUACGACGCCGGCAGCUGCCACUUUGCUCACAGCGUGGAGGAGCUCCGUCGUCCGCCGUCAAAUCGGCAGGAGGCGGCGGAUGAGACCCGCGAGGAGUUUAAGAUCUCGGCGGAGAGUGGAAGGUCGUUCAAGGGAAGACACUGCAAGAAGUUUUACAGCGGAGAAGGGUGUCCUUACGGAGAAAGCUGUACGUUUCUCCACGACGAGGCUUCGAAAAACAGAGAGACCCUUGCGAUUAGUUUAGCCCCUCGUGGUUAUGGUGCUACUGCUACUGACGGCGCCAAUGUUGCUCAGAUUUCGAAGCAUUCGAAUUGGAAGACAAGGAUUUGUAACAAGUGGGAGCUUACUGGGUUUUGUCCCUUUGGUACCAACUGCCAUUUUGCUCAUGGAGCUUCAGAAUUGCAUAAUUUUGGUGGGGGACUUGUGGAAGGAGAAGGUAAGAUGGGAAUGUCUGCGACUCAGGACACAAAGCAGACAGGACAAGCAGAGACAGUGAGUGGCCUUGUUCCUCCUGGAGUCCCGUCUCAACGGACGUCUAGCGCCGUUACUCUGAGACCCAAUGGAGUCAGAACUCAACGGAAAUGGAAAGGACCGGAUAAGAUCAGUCGGGUUUACGGUGAUUGGAUCGACGAUAUUGAAUAA